AUGGUGGAUCUGAGUGAUAAAGGAUUGGAUUCUGAAGACAUGAAAACCCAAAAUCAAAUUUGUGAUAAGGCUUUAUCUGAUGGUACAACCCAUGUUAAAACUUGUGUUGAUUGUGGCACCUCAAAAACUCCCCUAUGGAGAGGUGGUCCUACUGGCCCCAAGUCUCUUUGCAAUGCAUGUGGGAUCAGGAGCAGGAAGAAGAGAAGGGCUCUAAUGGGAGUGAACAAAGAAAAUGAGAAAUCAAAGAAAUAUGCAAGCUCCAAGAAUAGUACUCACAGCAAUGAAAGUAGUAUCAGCAGCAGUGGGGAGAGUACCAGUUAUAAGAUUGGAGAUUCAUUGAAGAGGAAAUUGUGGUCAUUUGGUAGAGAUGAAGCACUGCAAAAACCAAGAUCAAAUACUCCACAAAGGAGAAAGUUGGGCGAGGAAGAGCAAGCGGCAUUUCUUUUAAUGGCUUUAUCUUGUGGCUCUGUUUACGCUUAA